AGUCGGAGCCGGGCAUGACCGGGCAUGUUGGAGCUGCCGGUCUUCGGGAAGCCACGUGCGGACCGGAAGAGACGCGUGGGGCUUAAGGCUGCUGCCCCGUUGGAAGAUUACUCCCCAGGCUUCCCUUGUCCCAAGCAGUGAGCUGAUUGGAAUGGUACCCCGGGAGGGCCCUGAGUCUGCUCAGUGCCUGUGCCCUUCCCUCACCAUCCCCAAUGCCAAGGAUGUGCUUCGGAGAAGGCACAAGAGAAGGAGCCGACAGCACCAGCGGUUCAUGGCCCGGAAGGCCUUGCUGCAGGAGCAGGGGCUGCUAAGCAUGCCUCCAGAACCAGGGUCCUCCCUACUGCCCACCCCUUUGGGGGCAGCGCCACCUCCUGAAGCUGCCAGCAGUGAGAAUCAGUGUCCGAGGGCUGGGUCUAGUGCUGCCGAAUGCAGCAGAAGGCCCGCCCCCAGGAAAGCCUCAGGGCCCUUGCCCAGCAAGUGUGUGGCUAUUGACUGUGAGAUGGUGGGCACGGGACCCCGAGGGCGGGUGAGCGAGCUGGCCCGCUGUUCCGUGGUGAGUUAUUAUGGCGAUGUCCUCUAUGACAAGUACAUCAGGCCUGAGAUGCCCGUCGUUGACUACCGUACUCGCUGGAGUGGCAUCACUCGGCAGCACAUGCGCAAGGCUAUCCCCUUCCAGGUGGCCCAGAAAGAGAUCCUUAAGCUCCUGAAGGGCAAGGUGGUGGUGGGGCAUGCACUGCACAACGACUUCCAGGCUCUCAAGUACGUCCACCCUCGGAGCCAGACCCGGGACACCACCUAUGUCCCCAACUUCCUCAACCAGCCCGGCCUCCACACCCGGGCCCGGGUCUCUCUAAAGGACCUGGCCCUGCAGCUGCUGCACAAGAGGAUCCAGGUGGGCCAGCAUGGGCACUCGUCAGUAGAAGAUGCCACGACAGCCAUGGAACUCUACCGGCUGGUGGAAGUGCAGUGGGAACAGCAGGCCUGCAGCCUCUGGACCCGCCCUGAGGACAGAGAACCUGACAGCAGCACAGACAUGGAGCAGUACAUGGAGGACCAGUACUGGCCCGAGGACCCAGCCUGCGGCAGCAGAGGCGGAGCUGGGGAGGCACAGGACAGAAGGGAUUGAGAAGGGGGUGGGGCCCCCUGGCUGGACUGCCCAUGUGGCCGGGAGGAAGUGGGGGCCAGGACAGCAGCAGGCGCUCCUUCUUGGGCAGGGUGGGGCAGGAUGCAGUGAGCCAGUCCCAGGGCCAGAGAUGUUGGGUCAUCUGUUAGGCUGACACCAUCCGCAUAGCCCUCCGUCUCUCCAGGGCUGUUGGUUCUUUCUCCUGACUCCUGUGGUUUUGCUAAUGGCACUUUACAGGCUCCAUGGAGAUGUCAGGUGGACCAUCUUCCAGGGCCCAGCAGGAGUAGGGAAUGUGCCAACUGACCGCCCAGGUUGUGGCGCCUUCCCCACCCUCCAGAUCUCCUGAGUCACGCUGUGCCACUGAAAGGGGCCAUAUCACCCUCUCGGGAUGGGGGUUAGGGGUGUCAAUAUCCUGGAGCUCCCUUACCCCAGCUCAAUGACUGGGGGUAAAGUUCUCUUUUGUGGUCUACCUCUUCCUCCACUCAGUUUUGGGUUCAGAACGAAUAUGCCCUGGAGUUAAAGAGUUAAGUCCUAAAGGAGAUAUUUCUUUCCUCCUCCCUGACCUGGAGCUCUGGCUAAAGCCAUUGUAGGAACUCCGCUCCUCAUGGCCUGUCAGCUCCCUGCUAGGCUACAGUGGAAUAGUAGAGUUCACAGGCUUCUUGUGGGGAGCUGGCUCCUUCACACGCUUGGCAACAGAAGACCCUAGGCCCAGCUCAGGGAGGAGGAAAGGCAGGUAAGCUUUGGAUGAGAACCGGCAUAUUUAUUUUGACGCAAAUCGGGGAUUUCCCCAGUCCGCCCAAUACUGGGCGCUUAAGCAAAAGCAGAGACACAAGACGGCGGUUUGAAUUCUGGGCCUUUGUGCAGAACUGUGCCUGAUCUUUAUUAAGAGCAGGGCCACUCGUCUAGGGGAGUGGAGUCUGCAUGUCUCCUGAGGCAGGGCGGGGCAUUGCCAGGGAAGCAGUGGCCUUGAACCUGGUCUGGUGCCCCCUCAGCUCGUUGACAAUCACUGUGGCUAGUGGGUUUUCUCCUGUUUCUAAAAAUGUUCUCUUGUUUCCUAAGUGACAGCUGUGAAGUAUUGAGUAACCAAGAGCUCAGGUCACACAGACCUUGGGGCCCCAUCUUUGCUGCCACUUAGCUUUGAGACCUUAGGCAAGUGAGGGGCUUCACUCUUGAGCCUGUUGUUUCCUCGUCUGUAAAAUUGGGAUAGUGGUACGGCCUACCUCACAGGGUUGUAAUGAGCACUAAACCUGAACUAUUUCACACAGUGCCUGGCGCGUGGUGAGCCACAGCCACUGUGAGCUUCUGUUUAUCCUUUAUUUUUUAAGCCGCAAAAUAGGGCCACAACAUUGUUUAUUCUUUGAGGAUUUGUUGGAACCUCUUCACGAUAACCCCUGAGUCCACGGGAUGAACAGCUGUGGCUCACACAGAACUGCUCCGGCUUUUGGCUGUUUCCAGCAGUGGUGGGGCACUGGCCUGGUGAGGACACAGAGAGAGGGUCACGGUUAUCCGUGUCUUGUCUGUGGCCAGCAGGUGCAGGUGUGGAUUCUGGGCAGUGUCCCAACACUGGGAGGUGACUACAGAGCAAAGCAGCACAGGGCACAGGGAUGUAGAAACAGUGCUGAUAUCACACUACCCCACCCUCAGCUGAAGCCCUGCGUUCCACAAACUUGGGGUUAUAGAUUGUCCAGUCACUGGCCCUCUCCCUAUCAGGACAGCACAGAGAAAGGGGCUGGCUGAGUCUUUUACCACAUCUGGCCUGGCUCCAGAACUUUGUUCUGGAUUUUUUAAAAGUCGGUAGGUAAUGUGAAACUUAAGUUGAGCAGUAGCUUUGAUCCCUUGGUCUGGGGUUGAAAGAAGAUGGUGCUGUUAACAGUGGGAAAAUGUACUACUUAAGAUCACCUUUGGUGUAAAACCGUUUGUUCUGGAAUAAAACACAAUUGGAAAAGUG